AUGGGAUCUGAAUCUGAUGAAGAAAUAUCUGCGGCUGUGAGGGAAGUAGAAGAGGCCGCAAAGACACCGCAAAAGAAAGCUAAGCCUACCGCAAGAAAAACCAAGUCAGCCGCAGAUAAGUCGCAAACUGAAAGUAAAAGAGACAAGCUUAUAGAGCUGUCUAGGGAUGGUGUAAUAGAGAAGUCCGCAAGUUUUAUAAGAAAGUCCAACAAGGAUGUUGUGGAUACACUAUACCACGAGUACGAAAGUCAGAGGAUGUCAUGCGCAAGUGACUUCUUAUCAACUCUUAUUAUCUCAAAGUUUGCUUCUGUAUUAGGAAGUUUUGGUGCAGUGGAAUCUUCAGAGAAACUGUCAGAUGAACUACUUAGUGAUAAACUUCUAAAGGAUGACGUAUCAUAUCUAACUAGAAUGAUAUCCCCCAACAUUUCAUUCAUAGGUUUAAUAUCAGGUGGUUGUACAACAGCCAAGCAUGUUGUUGCGCAUAAGUGAAACAAGAAGGAGGAACCUGAGGAAAUAUCUGAGGAAGCUAAACAUAUCUUAUUAAAUACAGAAGAAGAAGAAUGUCGGGAUACGAGUGGGAAAACGCUUGGGAAGGAACAGAGUUUGAAGAUAUAAUUACUGAGCUGAUUGAAAAAACCAACGUUAACAAGGAGAAGCUAGAUGGGAUCCAGAAAACCCUUGACUCAUUAGAGAAAGACCUAUAUUCACUUAGAAAUAAAAUCGUAGGACCACUCCAGUAUGACUUCCACACAUUCAAGACUGAUACGAUAAAAACAGUUGUAAAUAUAUACAAGAAACUACAUGAGACGUAG